UCUGCUCCACAACACAGUUCAACACCAGUCCACCUCCUCCUCCUCCUCCACUAACACCAGUGUCUCCGCUCCGAGCCACAAACGAGCCAUUUAUCAUCAAUCAUGGCCGCCGGGGUAGUCAUCUAAAAAAGCCCUUCUUCCCUCCCUGUCGUCAGGAGGAGGGGAGGAUUUAUCUUUUUUCUUGUUUUUGUUGGAGGGGGAAAACCAAACAAACAAAAAGAAACCAUUAGACCCCCUCACACUGGGGUUUUGUGUUUCUCUUUUUGGGGAUCUGCUCUUGGAAGUACAUUAGAAUACAUCUCGGACCAUUCAUGUCCAGACUCCAACAUGCAGCCGCCGCCGAGGAAGGUCAAAGUGACACAGGAGCUGAAAAACACACACACGGAGCAGAUGACAAGACUGCACUUUAAACACCAGACUGAAUGUGACCUGCUGGAAGACAUGAGGAGCUACAGUCUAAAGAAGGGACAGUUGGAGAGGGACUAUGCACAGGCUCUGCAGAAAUUAGCAAGUCAGUACCUCAAGAGAGACUGGCCUGGAAUCAACCCUGAUGACCAGAGAACAGACUACAGGAAUGUGUACGCAGUGUGGAGGUCCUAUUUAGAAGGUACAGUGCAGGUGAGCCAGUCCAGGCUCAACGUGUGUGACAACUACAAGAGUCAAGUAUCAGACCUCGCUAAGACUGUUAGACUCUACAAGGAACAGCAGCUCAAAAAAACCAUAGAUCAGUUGAGUGGCAUUCAGGCAGAGCUGCAGGAGUCGGUAAAGGAGUUGGCCAAAGCCAAGAAAAAAUACUACGACUGUGAGCAGGUUGCCCACGCUGUACGGGAGAAGGCUGACAUAGAGGCCAGGUCUAAACUGGGGCUUUUUCAGUCGAGAAUUAGUUUACAGAAAGCAAGUGUAAAGCUAAAAGCGAAGAGAAGUGACUGUAACUCCAAGGCGACACAGGCCAGGAAUGACUACUUACUCACGCUAGCUGCUGCCAACGCUCAUCAUGACCGCUACUAUCACACAGAUCUACUGCACUGCAUACAGGCCUUGGAUGGCAGAAUCUACGAGCAUGUGAAAGACUACCUGGUGUCGCUGUGUCAUACUGAAUUAGAGGCCUCCCAAGCAACACACAACACCUUCCAGUUCCUUUUGGACAAAUCCACCAGAAUAAUACAAGAGUUCAACCAGCAGCUGUUCAUGCAGGAGAAUCCAGUGUUUCACAAAGCACAUGACUUCCAGUUCCAGCCCAGUGAAUGUGACAUGACUCUGAGCUCGGUGCAGCAGUUGGUGGACAUUGAGCCUUCGCCCGUCAGUGCCAUGAGAAUGACCCUGGCACAGAGUCGUCAGCUGGAGUCGGAUACAGGGACAACGGAGGAGCACAGUCUGAACAAAGAGGCCAGGAAAUGGGCAACCAGAAUGGCCAGGGAACACAAGAAUAUCAUUCAUUACAAGAGAUCUCUGGAGGAGUGUGAGAGCCAUGGUUUGCCCACCACAGAACAAGGCAGACUAGAUCUGGAACUGAAGAUAGAAGACACCAAAGAAAACAUGCGCAAAGCUGAGACGAUAAAGUUGAAAGCGGAGGCUCGGUUGGACCUUCUACGGCAGGUGGGGGUUGCUGUGGAUACCUGGCUGAAAAGUGCCAUGAACCAGGUGAUGGAGGAGUUGGAGAAUGAACGUUGGGCCAGCUACACCUCCCACGAUCCCUCACUGUCGGGCACAGUGGACUUGGAGCGUGAGGAGGGCGAAGAGUGUGAGGAGAAUAUGGAGGUUUUUGACGACAGCAGCUCCAGUCCUUCAGGGACCCUUCGAAACUACCCGCUCACCUGUAAAGUCCUGUACUCGUACAAGGCCUCUCAGCCAGACGAGUUAACCAUUGAUGAACAGGAGAUGCUGGAGGUCAUUGAGGAUGGAGACAUGGAGGACUGGGUCAAGGCUCGAAAUAAGACGGGCAAUGUUGGCUACGUCCCAGAGAAGUACCUGCAGUUUCCAACCUCCAACAGUCUCCUUAGCAUGCUCCAGUCUCUGGCUACGCUCGACGCUCGAUCACACACCUCAUCCAACUCAACUGAGCCAGAGCUGCACUCUGGCUGCAUCAAUGGAGAUAUAAACACGGUGUAUGUUCGUGCACUUUACGAUUACGAGGGCCAGGCCGAAGAGGAGCUCUCUUUCUGCGAGGGGGCUGUGAUCCGCCUGCUGAGCCGUGACACGCAGACAGAUGAUGGUUUCUGGGAGGGGGAGCUCAACGGACGGGUGGGCGUCUUCCCCUCAGUACUGGUGGAAGAUUUCACUGAGAAUGGGGAGAGCAGCGGAGGAGGAGGAGGAGGGGCAGGUGACAUACAGAUCUCUCCAUCUCUGAAGUUGCCAUCCUCUCUGCCCCCUCUUCCGCUGUACGACCAACCUCCCAUCAGCCCUUUCACCAGCCCCGAGACCUCCACCCCACCUCCUCUCCCACGCUCACCCUCAGCCGCACUUAACGGGGAACACAAGCCUCCACUGCCAGCGCCGUCACACAAGGGACCGCUGUCCACUCACAAUCAAAGCUCUGGCAGGAGUCCAGUGUCUCCAGGAUUUCCUCAGACUCAGCCACUGAGAUUCACCCCUGAAGGAGGCCCUGGGAAACUACGACCUGUCCGGGCUGCUCCUCCUCCACCUAAACAACACGUCCGGAGACAGCAAGAGAAGAGCGACAAGACGGAGGAGGUGGAGAUUACACUGGUGUGACAGACAGACGACUCGGCAAGCAGUUGUAUAUGCAACAAAUUCAAAAAACAAGAUGACAGACAGACUUAUCCUUCAGGCCAAGGAACUGAACAGCCCUGAAGUGAAGUGAGCUCAAGUAAAGGGAUGUGAAGUAAACUGGAGUGAACCAAGUCGACACCCUCCGGCCACUCCACAUCUUCCUUUCCCUCCUCCUCCAUUUAAGGAGGAGAGAAGAGAUAAAGGCAGAGUAUUCAAUUAAAUAAUCGUAUUAGAUUUCUAAUCAAGUGCAGCAGUAGCUGCCUCCGCAUCGCUCCUCACCCUCCCCCAUUCCUCCAUUCUUGCCUUAAAACUUCACCUCAAACUCACCUCAAACCAGAGCACAGCGACAGGAGGAAGAGGAAGUUUUCUUUUAUCUUGUUUAACUUAUUCAAGAUAUUAUAAGGCAGUUUGUUUCUCUGAGCAGGCAGAUCACUCUGCUUUACAAAUGUUUUUGGAGCCCUGAAACUCACUAAUUAUAGUAAAGGGUUAUCAGAUAACAAUAAAUU